AUGUCCGCUGCAUCGGAUUCAUUCUCAAGGGACGUUGAGAAAUAUGCCGCCACAACAGACAACCACACUGGAGAAUAUCCAGAGAGGAUGGCAACAACUCAAAGCAGAGGGACAUCUUUCAAAUACGACAGGAACAAUAUUUAUAUCAACGAGGUUCCAAUAAAUAAGGACGAUUUUCUGUAUGCGUUCGGUGGCAAUCUAACCGUUGGUAAAAGAAAGGUCCAACCACAAGCUUCCCAAUACGGAGAUCCGGUUCCUGCAGGUUUAGCAGCAUUCAGUUGCACUGUUCUGACUCUCGGUCUUACAGAGAUGCACGCAAGAGGUGUUACGCUUGCGAACACGUUGAUUGGUGCUCUUUUAACCACGAGUGGUCUCGUGGAUAUCAUUGUCGGGGUUUUAUGCUUUGUUGUUGGAAACACUUGGGCUAGUUGUACUUUCCUUAUGUUUGGCGGAUUCUGGUCUUCAUAUGCAUUCCUUUUAAUAAAUAUCGGUGGAAUAUUGGAGGCAUAUCCAACAACUACAGAAUAUGGCCAAGGUAUCGCCCUUUUCUUCCUUCCUUGGGCCAUAUUUACGUUCUGUCUUUGGGCUUGUACUUGGAAAUCCACAUGGCCACUUUCCUCUCUGAUGUUUUGCAUUUGGUUCUUUAUUCUACUUUUCGUUAUCGGCCAAUUCAUUGGAUCAGUCAAAGUCUACAAGGCUGGUGGUUUCUUCUGUAUACUGUCUGGAGUUCUAGGCUUCUUUAACAUGUUUGCUGGUUUAGCUGAUAAGUCGAAUUCUUAUUUCAUUGUUAAACCAUGGUUUAUGCCACAUGCCGCCAGACCAGCUGCCGAAACCAGUGAUGAACCUGAUGAGGCAAAAGAGGAUUGA